AUGACCGACCGCGGAAGAAGCGCCGGAAGUAUAUCGCGAGAGCAUGUAACGAGUGCAAGCGCCGCAAGAUCAAAUGCAAUGGUGAGACGCCCUGCCAUCGCUGCGGCCGGCAACGGAUCGAUUGUAUCUACGAACUUUGAGCGACUAUUCGAGCAAAUGAGUUCUAUGCAGGACCAAAUCACCUCGUUAACGGCAGUGAUACGCUCCAUGCAGAGUGACUCGCCACCCAGUGAGGCUCGGGGGAGCCUCGGGGGCUCUGCCACAGCGACCUACGGCCUUCCAUCGAAACAGCGAACCGUCCGCCAGGCCCGACUACCUCGGCAUUUAGCUUCGGUCUCAGCGAAAUCUAGCCUGGAGCAAAGGGGGAUAGUGGAGCAUCAUGAGCAAGGCGAUGGUGAUUUGACUCAAGUCCCCUCUCCUUCGUCAUCUUCAUGCGUCCAUGAUCAGGAUUGCCAAGCGCACCCAAUUGUCGAUCCUCUUUGGGCAUUGUCUAAAGAGGAGGCGCUUCGACUCUGCCAGGUCUAUCACUUCGAAAUGGGUAUCAUGUACCCCGUGCUUGAACUCGAAGAGCUUCAAACUCAGGUCCAUCUCCUCUAUGACUUCCGAGACCGACCCGUGGGCCUUCCAACGGCAUCCAAGGGCCGCAACUCUCUAGAAAAGGAAGAUGUCUUUAUCCUUCGGCUAGUCUUUGCAUGUGCAUUAACGGCCGAGGCUAGCGGCCGGAGCGACAAGGCCAUCGCGCUAUUUGAUAGUGUGCGAGACGUCCAAGAUGACUAUGUCUGGGGUCGGCCCGAGAUCAAAAGCAUCAUCUUCUUGACUCUGGCGUCUAUCCUCUACUUCCAGAUGGAUGAAGAAACCCUAGCAUGGCGCACCAUCGGAAUUGUGGAGCGUAUGUGCCUUGAGAAAGGUCUUCAUCGUCGAGAGACCCUGAGCCAGCCGGCGAUAGUUGCAGCAGGUAAAGAACGAGUGCUGCGGUUAUUCUGGUCCAUAUAUGUCCUCGAUAUGCGCUGGAGUUUCGGAACAGGCAUGCCGUUCGCGCUGGAAGACGCAGAUAUUGACCCCUGGCUCCCAGAACCGGAGCAAGAAAUCCCCUACCUUCGCGUGAUGAUCCGGUAUAGUCGGAUUGCUGCGAAGGUCUGGAAAUUUAUCUCCGCCUUCAAUAACACCAAUGAGAUCAAAAAGGACGAGAUGAACUAUCUGGACUGGCAGGUGUUGCAGUGGGCGCAAACACUCCCGGACUCGUUAAGUAGCCCAGAGCUUGAUGCUGCAGCCAAAGUUCCGCGCAGCAUGCGUAGGCUUCGAGCAAUGCUUUAUCUCCGGGCAAAUCAACUUCGGAUGCUCAUCCAUCGGCCCGUUCUGCACACAGCGAGCCAUAUUAUGCGGUACCCGGGCGAGUCCGAAACCGUCGUCAGUAUCGCGAAAGACACCAUCCGGUUCAUCACACGGCUGAAUGAGACGUCAGACAUAUACAAACUGCAGCAAGUGACCUUCAAUUGGUUUCUAGUUUCGGCGCUGGCUGUGGUGUUUCUUGCAGCGUCGCAAGCCCCGUCUCAAUUUAGUGGCUCCUGCAAAGAGGAAUUCUACUGGGCUUUGGAGUUAGUCAAGGGGUUUUCUACGAAGUCUUAUAUUUCACAGCGACUCUGGAAGUCAAUCCGGAGCCUCCGGAAACUGGGGCCUCAAGUCGGCCUUGGGUUGCAGAAGCUGUGCGCCGACGGCGACAAGAACACACUCGUCGAGCUACACGAGCGACCCUCGGAUAACCAAGAAUCGUCUCUGGCGGCAGCAGGCCUAAGCCUGAAUAGUCAGACCCCGUUAGACGGAGCACAGAUGACGCAUGAGCUUAUGGAAUGGUUUGAAGCUUUCGGCAACAUAGAUGACCAAGGGGUGGGACUUGGCUCUGGUGCUGUGCCCGAGGAUAUGCCUUGGCAACAGAUGCCCAACGGAAGUCUGGUGUUCGAUUACGGCGGAGAGUUAUCAACUCUCAUGAAGGAUUGCUUUUAG